AUGGUCCUCUUGAACCCAAACCAGACCAACACUUCUGCAGGCUUCUUCCCGACACAAAAAGAAGCUACAACCGCUAAUUUGCACUCAUAUUCCAUCCAGGAAAAGGCUAGAGAGAAAAAUGUUAAAUAUCUAUCUAUUUCAUAUUGGCGACAUUCAUAUCUAUCUAUCUAUCUAAAAAUCUAUCUAUCUAUCUAUUUGUUCAUAUCUCUUUCUCUCUUUAUCUAUCUAUCUAUAUAUCUCAGUCUGUUUAUAUCUAUCUAUCUAUCUAUCUAUCUAUCUAUCUAUCUAUCUAUCUAUCUAUCUAUCUCAUUUUGUCCAUAUCUAUCUAUCUAUCUAUUCUCAUUCUGUUCAUAUCUAUCUAUCUAUCUAUCUAUCUAUCUAUCUAUCUAUCUAUCUAUCUAUUCUCAUUCUGUUCAUAUCUAUCUAUCUAUGUCAGUUUGUUCAAUCUUUUUUCUGUUUUAUCUAUCUAUCUAUAUAUCUCAGUCUGAAAUAUCUAUCUAUCUAUCUAUCUAUCUAUAUCUAUCUAUCUAUCUAUCUAUCUAUCAUAUAUUAUACGUCUUCUGCUUGACAAACAUAUGUGUUAUAAGUAACGCCAACCCACGUACGUUUUGCCGAGGCGCGAAACCAGUCUUCCCAAAAACAUCCCUCUAA